CGAGGAGGAGGAGAAAGCUCCCUGUACACUCUUCAUCGCAUCUCCUUUUUUCCUUCCAUCCUACAAGCAGUGUCAGGUACCACCGGAGUGCCCGGGUUCGUGGACUUAUUUUAUUCCCGGGAAUCGGACACAUUUAACACUAACGAACUAUCCCAGAAGAUGUUCUUCUUUCUGCUACCUGUCGUGGCUCUCCUGCUGAGCAGAGAAACGGCGGGCUCCGGGAACAGUAACGAGAAAUGGCUGAGCACCGUGGCUCAGUACAAGGACAGAUCCUGGAACAGAUUCAGAGACGAAGCGGAGGAUGACUACUUCAAAAGCUGGGCUCCUGCCAAGUCUCUGGAUCAAGAACGAGAGGCUGAACCUGGCAGAUAUGAGGACCCUAAAGCUCACUCGAGUUCAGCCAAGACGACAGUACAGGACGGUCCAGAUGCCACCAAAGACCCCUGUCUGAAGGUGCGCUGCCCCCGCCACAAGGUGUGUGUCAGCCACGACUACCAGACAGCCAUCUGCACCAAUCACAAGCACCCAACUCACAGUGUGAAACCCAGGAAAGGCAGUGCAGGACACAAGCACAGGCCUGAAGCCGUAGCUCAUGGUAAAUGUAGGCUCUGCUCAGGGCUCCAGUCAAGUCCUGUGUGUGGAUCUGAUGGACACACCUACUCCUCCAGGUGUAAGUUGGAGUUCCAGGGCUGCCUCUCUGGGAAGACGGUCUCAGUGAAGUGUGACGGGCUGUGUCCCUGUCUGCCUGGUCAGGAGCACAGCAAACCAGCACAUAGGAACAAUAAGGCUGCCUGCACUGACACAGAGCUCCACAGUUUGGCUGCAAGACUAAAGGACUGGUUUGGAGUUCUCCAUCUUGACGCCAACAGAGACCUCAAAUCCUCCGACAGCCUCGACGCUGCCACUGGACAUUUUGACACCAGCAUCUUGCCCAUCUGUAAGGACUCUCUGGGCUGGAUGUUCAACAAGCUUGACAUGAACUUCGACCUCCUGCUGGACCAAUCAGAGCUGAGUGCCAUCUACCUGGACAAGUAUGAGCUGUGCAUGAAGCCCCUCUUUAACUCCUGCGACUCCUUUAAGGACGGGAAGCUGUCUAACAACGAGUGGUGCUACUGCUUUCAGAAACCUGAGGGACUGCCCUGCCAAGCGGAGAAGAGCAGGAUCCAGAAUCAGAGUCGGAGGAAGAGCCUCAUAGGCUCUUAUAUUCCCCGGUGUACUGAGGAGGGUUACUUCAAACCAACGCAGUGUCACAGCAGCACCGCCCAGUGUUGGUGUGUGGACAAAUACGGCAAUGAGAUCGCUGGCUCCAGAAAACAAGGCAACCCCAAUUGCGAUGAGGACCAGGAGACAUCGGGGGAUUUCGGCAGCGGCGGUGCUGUCAUCCUUCUUGGUGACCAGGAGGAGGAGCCAUCACAGAGUGGGCGGAGCCGGCAGAAGAAGAGGCGGGGCCGGAUUCACCCCCGAGGAGCCAUCGAGGAUGACGAGGACGAGGAAGACGAUAAGGAUGACGAGAUUGGCUACGUGUGGUAGCUGCGCUUCAUCUUAUUUUGCCAUCAGCCGACCAGGAAUCUCUGUUAACUCAGCACAGAUCUGAAGCCAUUCCAAUGUUCCCUCCUCCUCCUCCUCCUCCUCCUCCUCCUCCUCCUCCUCCUCCUCCUCCUCCUCCUCCUCCUCCUCCUCCUCCAGUUACUUUGGCAGCAGCUCAUCUUUUGGCUCCUGAACUUGCUCUUGUGGUCCCUGUCUCUUAUCCAUGUGACUCUCUUCAGUAAACCUCAUUAGACGUCUUGCUUUUGUGUUUCACAGACUCAAAACAGAAAACCUAUUACAUUUCACCAACAACUGUCAAGACUCUACUUGCUCCACUUUCUGCCUCUACCUUCCCCUAAACCUGUAAUCAUUGACCUCUUCUGAAAUGGACUUCUCUAUUUUCUCCAACGCUCCGUCUAUCUCCUUCUUUCUCUUAUCCUGUCCCUCUCUCCUGUCCCUGUCUGUCUGUUAUGUCAGAGCCUCUGGUCAGUCUGUGAGCCCAGAUACAUAAGCUGAUGUACCGGACGUUAAUAUGUUUCCUCCAGGUAGGCCAGAUAGUGGACUGAACCCACCCUGUGCUUCAUCAGCAGCCUCAUACUCAUGAUUUGUGUUUCACUGUCGGGCUCCUUCCAGUGUUCAAAGAUGUUCCCUCAACACGUUCCCAGGCUCUGAGAUGCUCCCUCUCUUGCUGUUAUUUCAUGGAGGAUUGCAAAUUAUUUAAUCGUUGAUCUUGAAUGUCCCAGAAAGCCCAGGAAGCAAUGAGACUAAUGAUGUAUUGUCGUUGUUGUUGCAUGUUUCUCAUCGUGUUUCUGUAAAAGAGAGAAUUACCUGGCCAUGUCUAGCUCUAUGCAUCUCAAACAGAAUGUGAUGCCUAUUUGGCUGCUACAAUACUUUGUUGCUAUGUUGAUUCUGUCCAGUGUCUUUUUGGUUCUUCUCCCAUUCUCAGGAGGUAUAGGAAGUUGCAUUGCAGAGCGAUAGCACUAGAAAAGAGAACUGCAAGGCCUACAGUCCAAACGUGCGGCGUUUCAGCCAGCUUCUUUUGCUAAUUGGUCAGUAGGGCUUCUGAGGCUGUUUGGCUGUGCACAGACACUAGAGGAAGAAGCUGCUCCUGAGCUGGGAGGACACAUGAAGUCCGGCGAGCAGAGAAUAGGCUCUGCUCCGCCUCACAACACUGGAUAUGUUCGUGAUUUAAAAUUGAAAUCCUCACUAUGUCAACUAAGUGAAUUUUUAUUUGUAACUUUGAAAAUGUAAGUAAAGUGGCACUGUGGGUGUCUUUUGAACCUUA